UUUAGAUCUUGGCCCAGAGGCGGCGUGUCAAGUAACACGACUGCAGGCUGGAGCAGCUCCACACUUCAGACAGAAAUACUUCUUCACACGGAGCUUUAAGGAGAGACACAAGCCGCUGGAUCAGUCCUGUAAACACCCAUCUCCCACAGGAAACACUCUGACAGAUCUUUCUCUUUUUUUGUCUUUGUUCUGCAUCAUGACAGAGGAAGAAGAGUCGGGCGUUCAUCUACCUUUAACAGCUGAGUUCAGGCAGCAGACGCAUUUUCUACGAGACGUCAUCUUCCACGGCAAGUUUAGGGCUCUGACCGCAGAGGAAAAUACCGGCAGCCAGCACGGCCUCUUUUUCCAAGACGGCCAGCGGCGCGUGGACUACGUCCUCACGUAUCCCGUCAGAGAACCGGACGGGGGCCGCUCCAGCAUACAGCCAGAGCACCGACCCAAUGAAAACGAUAUCACCCACAACCGCGGCAGCCAGACCCAAGGUGGAGACCUCCAAACCCACCCCUCUUCCUUCCAGUCCUCACCGGCAGCUGAUGUGGAAAAGGGUCAUCCAGAGGAGACCUUCAGCAGCCCAGAAGACCACAAGGCAGCGAGGAGAGAGGAGUUCGAGGCAAAACUGAGAACCAUGGGUCUGGAACUGGAAAGAGACGAGGAAACCACAAUUCCAGGUGUAGGCUUUGUAAAAAUUCAUGCUCCAUGGAAUGUUCUCUGUCGAGAAGCUGAACUGAUGAAGCUAAAGAUGCCCACCAAGAAAGUGUAUGAAGUGCAGCCAUCCAGCAGUGUUCUGAAGAAGAUCAGCUCCUUUGUGAAUAAAGUCUUGGAGCCUCUUCACCCUCAUGUUGAGGAGCAUCAGCAAACCAACAUCAAACAGCUGUCACACACCUUCUCCAGAGAAAAACAACACCUCUUUGACUGUUCAGAUAAGGAUAACUUCUUUGACAGCAGAACCAGGAGUUCCAUCGUGUUUGAAAUUUUAAAACGAACCAAGUGCAAGGCUAAAUACAGCAUGGGAAUCACAAGUCUUCUCGGAAGUGGUGUUUACACCUCAGCUUACCCUCUUCAUGAUGGAGAUGUUAAUGAGGAAAUUGCAGAACACAAUGACAGAAAGCUUCUGUAUGAGGAGUGGGCAAACUACAGUGUUUUCUAUAAGUACCAGCCAAUUGGCCUUGUGCGGAAGUAUUUUGGUGAGAAGAUUGGUCUUUAUUUUGCUUGGUUGGGUCUGUACACACAGAUGCUAAUUCCUGCCUCUCUAGUUGGAGUCAUUGUUUUUCUGUAUGGAUGUGCUACAGUCAAUGAGAACAUACCAAGCGUAGAGAUCUGCCAUCCUAAGAACAACAUCACCAUGUGCCCUCUGUGUGACAGAGUGUGUAGCUACUGGAAACUCAGCACAGCAUGUGGAACCGCACGGGCCAGUCACCUGUUUGAUAACCCUGCCACUGUUUUCUUCUCUAUUUUCAUGGCGCUGUGGGCUGCCAUGUUCAUGGAGCACUGGAAGAGACGGCAGAUGAGACUGUGCUACGAGUGGAACCUGACUGGGUUUGAAGAAGAGGAG